AUGAUCGGAGAAAAUAGAAAAGAUUGGGAUAGGUUAAUUUGGGAGUGCAGGGAAUGCAAGGACAUGUUCAAGGCUGAAACUGAGAGUUAUAAUCAGCACACAAGCAAAACAGAAGGUGCUCACAUCAUCCAGCAGAUCAUCCACUGUGAACAGGAUGAUGAAACUAAUACGUUUGAAGGUUAUGUACGGUAUGGUAACAACGGUGAAGACUUCAUUGCGUUUGACGUGAAGACGGAGACGUGGAUCACUUUGGUACCAGAGGCUGAAACCGUUAAACAGGAGUGGGAUGGAAACGAAGUCCGUAACAAGUUUUGGAAGAACAUCGUCACAGGACUUUGCUCCACGUGGUUGAAUAAGUCUUUGACUUAUGGGAAGAGCUAUCUGAAUAGAAAAGAUCUCCCGUCUGCAUCUCUUCUCCAGGAGAAUUCUUCCUCCCCAGUCACCUGCCACGCUACAGGUUUCUACCCUGACAGGGCUGACAUGUUCUGGAGGAGAGAUGGAGAGCAGAUCCAUGAAGGUGUGAAGCAUGGAGACAUCCUUCCCAACCAGGAUGAAUCCUUCCAGAUGAUUGUUGACCUGGACGUUUCAUCAGUCCCAUCUGAAGACUGGAUGAGAUACGACUGUGUGUUCCAGCUGUCUGGUGUCCCAAAUGUCAUUAUCAUGAAACUGGACAAAGAUGUGAUCAAGAGCAACCGGAGGAAAGCUUUAACAGGUAAUGAAAGCAACGAAAAGAAGGUUCACUUCUGA